AGAUCAAGAUACAAACUAAUACAAACUAUCCGCCGCCAUGUUGUGUCUCCGCGGCCCGGAGGGACGUCCGGUCGUAAAUAGUAAAUGACGGUACCGCCCGCUGGGCCGCUGACUGGACCAGACCACAGCAGAACGCCAUGAGCCGCCCGUCCUCAGCCGGAGGUGGAGGACUGGGAGCCGGUAAAGCCGGCGGGGGAAAGCACGGAGGCUCCGGAGGCACAGCUUCUGCUGCCGCCGCCGCUGCCGCUGCCGCGGCCGCAGCAGUGGCAGCUGCCGCCGGUGUAGGGUCCGUCCCCGGCUCGAGUUCUGCCGCCUCGUCCUCCGCCGGGUCGCUGCCAGCCGCCGCUGCUCUCCCCGGUCAGCCCCCGGAGCUAACGGCGCUGUUCGAGUGCCCGGUGUGCUUCGACUACGUUCUGCCGCCCAUCCUGCAGUGCCAGGCGGGUCACCUGGUCUGCAACCCGUGCCGCCAGAAGCUGAGCUGCUGCCCGACCUGCCGCGGCCCGCUCAGCCCCAGCAUCCGGAAUCUGGCCAUGGAGAAGGUGGCCUCCACGUUGCCGUUCCCCUGCAAGUACUCUGGUUCCGGCUGCCUGCUGGUCCUCCACCACAGCCAGAAGGCCGACCAUGAGGAGCUGUGUGAGUUCAGGCCGUACACCUGUCCCUGCCCUGGAGCCACCUGCAAGUGGGCGGGGCCUCUGGAGGCCGUCAUGCCACACUUGAUGCACACGCACAAGUCCAUCACCACACUGCAGGGCGAGGAUAUCGUGUUCCUGGCGACGGACAUCUCUCUGCCCGGCGCCGUGGACUGGGUCAUGAUGCAGUCCUGCUUCAGCCACCACUUCAUGCUGGUUCUGGAGAAGCAGGAGAAGUUCGAGGGCCACCAGCAGUUCUUCGCAGUGGUUCUGCUCAUCGGCGCCCGCAAGCAGGCCCAGAACUUCGCCUAUCGCCUGGAACUCAACGGAAACCGGCGCCGCCUCACUUGGGAGGCCACGCCCCGCUCCAUCCACGACGGCGUGGCAGCGGCCAUCUUGAACAGCGACUGCCUGGUGUUCGACACGUCCGUCGCUCACCUGUUCGCCGACAACGGCAACCUGGGCAUCAACGUCACCAUCUCCAUGUGCUGAGGUCGGCCCGGUACCGACCUGGUACCGACACGACCCGGUCCAGAUCGGGUCUGAUAAAAACCAUUGAAAUAAAAGUUCUGUUGGUUCUGG